AUGCAAGGGUGUGGGAGAGCCAUGCUUCGGCACGAGUGGGUCGGCUCGACCGGAGUGCUACCACGGCCUCCCAAAAAACCGUCUUUAAAUAACGACAAUGUUGUGUUGCGCCGUGGCAAUGGGGAAGAUUACUACUACAAUCCUCAAAAUUUGACAAGGGCCACGCUCUCAGGGAUAGCAGCGUACAGAUCAGCGCUGACAUUGGACUGGUUGGCCGCGGAAGAUCAGCGGCAAAGGGAACUAGCUGCAGCAUUCGAAACUGAGCCUGCUCCUCCAGCAAGGAGUCUGUCGACUGACUGUAUCUCGUACGCGAGGCCAGCGUCUGGCAAAGUAGCACGGUUGAUGCUGGAAGUGUUGAAAAAUCUGGAAGGCGACGAAGGUAACAUAGUGACAGAUCUGAUUCAAGCACUAGUUCGGACCAAACUGCUGGUCGAAACGUCCAUGUUGGACGCUGAACCAGACCUGGACUCCUUGGUCAAGACACCGGGAGUAAUGAUGGGAGAACCGCAUACCACGUUCCCUAGAAUUUUGGCCAUGACCUGGAUGACAGUCACCGAUCCUGUCACAACCAAGAAAUUUGGGUGGUGUCCUAUUAAUAAGGUAAACAAGUACUUGACAAUAUCGAAGCCGGUCACAAUAGCUAAGCAGAUGAAAGCGUUGGAGCCCGUCAUCGCCCGAGCCAGGUUUAUAAUGGAGGAGUUCAUUCAACACGUUACCCCGCUCAAUAUGUACCAAAAAAAAUCUCCAGAAACUGUCACAAGUAUGGUACGAGCAGUGCACGUGGCUCUAGCACAAUCCGCAACCACGCCUCCGUUGGAAAUGGAACCUAUGCCGAGAGACAUAGAUGCCGAGAUUUUGUCAUCGUCCGCGCUAAAAAGGCUGCAGCAUUUGCCACACACGCUUGACGGCUUCAGGCGCGUACUGGCUUCACUAUCGGCCUCUUUUGUCUACAGGGAAGCGAUCAAAAGAAAUAAAAACAAUUAG